UUCGGCCCCGCGUGUCGCUGAACUGGCGGAGACAUGUCUGUGUUCAUGGACCUAAACAUCAAGUACACAACGGACAAGAAGCGAUUAGAGAGUUUGAUAGAGACAGCGGCGCACCUGGGUUACUCCACGGUGGCAAUCAAUCAUGAGUAUCAGCUGGCACCGAAGAAAACACAGCAGGGAAUACCCAAACCAACACCUGUGUCAGAACUGUUUGACAAUCUCCCAAUCAUACAGGGUAAAUCCAGACCCAUCAAAGUUUUGAACAGACUGACCAUCGUGGCCUCAGAACCAAGUCUCUUUAGACCAAAUGCUGCUGAGUACAGAGCCUAUGACUUACUGGCCCUUCAGCCCACAUCUGAGAAACUCUUCCAUGCAGCCUGUAUGGCAUUUGAUGUUGACAUCAUCUGCAUAACAGUGACAGAGAAGCUGCCCUUCUACUUCAAGAGGGCUCCAAUUAAUGGGGCAAUAGACAGAGGUCUAGUGUUUGAGAUUGUCUAUGCCCCAGCCAUCAGAGACUCCACUCUGCGACGCUACACUAUCACUAAUUCCAUUUCCCUGAUGGACAGAAGCAAGGGAAAGAAUGUGAUCGUCUCCAGUGCUGCUGAGAAGCCUCUAGAGUUGAGAGGCCCCUAUGACAUUGCAAACUUAGGGCUGCUGUUUGGUUUAUCAGAGGGAGAUGCUAAAGAUGCCAUCUCCUCCACCUGUCGCUCUGUCCUCCUCCAUGCAGAGACCAGGAAGACAGCCAGUGGGGUAAUCUACACUGUGAAGACGCCCACAGAGAGCUCCCAGCAAAAGGGGGCUCCACCAACUCCACAGGACGAACAUGAAUCAGGCUGUGAGGGAGCAAAGCCUCCACCAUGUCCAGAGGGAAAGGAUCAGCCUGAAGCCAAGCGAGCCAAAAUGGUCUCUGUCUAGUCCUGCGGUGGGUCUGGGUCUGCCACCACCCGUGUAUUCAGUUUGCUUUCCGAACUGUCGUCCCCAAUUUUUGGGGGGAAAAAAUUACUGUUUUCCUUUGACUUUGGUUGUAUUAUGUGAAUAUUAAAUGAAUGACUUUUGAAAAAGCAGGAGCUAUAUAUUGAAUAUGUAAUUGGUGUCAGGAAACUUAAGUUAAUGGUUGAUCAAACAACGUAUUUGUCAAACUGGAUCUCCCAGAUUUUGCGGGUUUUGAACAAUAAGCAGCAAAAAAUGUCAUUGAAAGUGGCUUUGUAAAACUCUUCACUUCUAUUCUUCUUCAUGCUAGAAGAUACACAGGUGAAGAUGUAAAAUGGAGUUUGUGAGUGAAGAAUUACAUCACAAAAGCCUCCAAGCAGAGCCUUCUGUGACACAACUGUCCUUUAAAGGCUUAAGAUUCUGAUUUGAUAGAACUGAAGAGCCAUUCCCAGUUAUUCAGUCGUUUGGUGGAGACGAUGGUGAACAUCUAAUGCGCUGGCAUUAGAGUGACAUCGUCAUCUGCACCACUGCAGUCCAAGGCACCAAUAAAACCCAGUUAAGCCAGACAGUAGGGUGCAAUGUAUUUGUUGAGACAGGGUCACCAUGUUGUCAUGCUAAUGACCACUGGUUCAAACUUCCAUAUAGUUUAAGCCCAGUACAGAUGUGAAAGGAUGCUUAUCUCCAUGACAACGUGAUAGCCUGUGUGCUCCAAGAGAUGGCAGACCAAGAACUACUUCUACUACUACUACUACUUCUUGCGGCUGCUCCCGUUAGGAGUCGCCACCGCGGAUCAUCCAUUUCCAUUUCUUCCUGUCCUCUGCAUCUUCCUUUGUCACAACAGCCACCUGCAUGUCCUCUCUCACCACACCCAUAAACAUCCUCUUUGGCCUUCCUCUUUUCCUCUUCCCUGGCAGCUCCAUAUUCACCAUCCUUCUCCCAAUAUACCCAGCAUCUCUCCUCCACACAUGUCCAAACCAUCUCAAUCUUGCCUCUCUUGCUUUGUCUCCAAACCAUCCAACCUGAGCUGUCCCUCUAAUACACUCGUUCCUAAUCCUGUCCUCCUUUGUCACUCCCAAUGAAAAUCUUUGGAUAGUCAACCACAAGUAUUAAACUCAUACGCCUUUGUCACCCCUACUCCUUGCAUCCUCACCAUGACCACCACCAUCGUCAUCACCAGACCAGGAACUGAAGAGUGAAAAUCUGGUACUGUUUUUUUUUUAAUAUUUUUUUUUUACUGUAUUCCUCUGAAAACACUGCUUUUGUUGUUGAGACCAUGAAAUACAGUUAAUAAUCUGUUCUUUAAAGCAUUGUUCAGUCCGAUUCAUGGACUGUAUUGUUUUUUUUCCCCUUUUUUUUCCAGCUAAACACAAGUUACGUGUUUUGAGUUAUGAGACUAUGGUUUUAGUCAUGCAAAUAAAUAUGAUUUGUUUAGAUUUCUUAUGUUUUUUGUUUUUC